CUAUUUACUGUAAAAAUAAUAAAACAUGGUGGGUUUUAUUUUAAUUAUUAGGCGCGCAUGAUAAAGCCAACCCAGCGUUCCCAGCAGCCAUGAACGUCCGAUAGCACCAUGAUAAAGGUGGUAUGUGGCAGCGGUUAUUAAUGCUAGCUAGUCUGCUUGGCUGUUGGCAAAUUCCGCUGGAAGUAGAGAAACUGCGAAACUGCUGCAGGUAGGCGGUGACAACUGACAAAUCCAGCCUACCCACUGGCCAGCCAGCGAGGGUGGCCAUUGUUUACCUGCUUCUCAGGUAGUUUGUAAGAGGCAAAGGGGCGGGGCCACAGCCUGCCACUGGGAUAGGAGAGAUGCCUGUGGAGGGCGGAAGCAGCAGUGGCUCAGCUUCGGCCACGCGUCACCCCAAGCAGAAGCGCAAGGCACACAGUUUGUCCAUCCGGCGCACCAACAGCACAGAGGAGAGGCCACCAGGCAUCCUAAGAGGAGACAUGCUGGAGGGACAGGACUCCAAGCUGCCGCUCGCCUUGCGGAACAACCUCCUCGACCUGUUUGGCCAGAUUGAACGCGAGUUUGAGAAUCUCUACAUUGAAAACCUUGAAUUGCGACGGGAAAUCGACUCUCUCAACGAGCGGCUCACCGGAGAUGGACAGGCGGUUGACGGGGGAGACCCCACCAAGGGAGCCCUAAAAGCCAAAGCCAGCCACAGCACCAGUCAGCUGUCACAGAAGCUGAAGACGACCUACAAAGCCUCCACCAGCAAGAUUGUCUCCAGUUUUAAAGCCACCACAGGGUCCCGCGCUCUGUGCCAGCUGCUCAAGGAGUACAUAGGCCAUCGGGACGGCAUCUGGGACCUCGGUAUCACCCGAACACAGCCGGUGGUGCUUGGAACCGCCUCUGCUGAUCACUCAGCCCUGCUGUGGAGUAUAGAGACUGGCAAGUGUCUGCUGAGGUAUGCUGGCCAUGCAGGAUCAGUCAACUCCAUCAAAUUUCACCCCACUGAGCAGAUGGCGCUCACAGCCUCUGGAGACCAGACGGCUCACAUAUGGCGCUACAUGGUGCAGCUGCCGGCCCCGCAGCCGCCACCAGAUGUCAGUGCUCCAUGUGACGACGACCAGGACUCGUCUGACAGAGAAGAGGGUGAGGUGGAUGGAGAUGGCCCCUCUGAGGUCCCCACUGUCCGAGUUGCCACAGCGACCCUGAAAAGCCACCAGGGUGUGGUGAUCGCAGCCGACUGGCUGGUGGGGGGCCGGCAGAUAGUGACAGCUUCGUGGGAUCGUGCUGCCAACCUGUAUGAGGUGGAGACAUCUGAACUGGUUCACACACUGACCGGCCAUGACCAGGAGCUGACCCACUGCUGUACCCACCCCACCCAGCGCUUGGUGGUCACUGCAUCCAGGGACACAACUUUUAGACUGUGGGACUUCAGGGACCCGUCCAUCCACUCUGUCAAUGUUUUCCAGGGACACACAGACACGGUGACGUCUGCCGUCUUCACGGUGGGGGACAACGUCGUCUCUGGGAGCGACGACCGCACAGUGAAGGUGUGGGAUCUGAAGAACAUGAGGUCACCAAUAACAACCAUCCGCACUGACUCGGCUGUCAACAGGAUAAGCGUCUCGGCCAACCAGAGGAUCAUCGCUCUGCCGCACGACAAUCGGCAAGUCCGCCUGUUCGACAUGAGCGGAGUGAGGCUUGCCAGACUUCCACGCAGCAACCGCAUGGGUCACAGGCGAAUGGUGUGCUGCACGGCGUGGAACGAGGAGAACCAGGCGUGCAACCUGUUCACAUGCGGCUUCGACCGGCAGGCCAUCGGCUGGAACAUAAACAUCCCCGCCCUGCUGCAGGAGAAGUGAUCGGACGGAUCAGAACCCAUCCCUGCUGCCUCAAACACACCAGCACCUUUGCUCUGGGAAACAUUUCAAGCGACUCGUAUUUGGAGGGUGUGAAACCCAUCGUUACAGCAGGUGGUGUGUGUGAGGCCGUAGAUCCGAUCGUCUCAUCUGGACCCCUUUUUAUUUAGCAUGGACUGUGAAUUUGUGCCAUUUCUCUGUAGAAGUACAUGUUUGACUCCAUGUGUGCAGACCGCUGCUUGCGUCACUGCUGUUUUAGUUACUGCCAAACAGCUGCUCCUGCAUGUUUGCAAACGUUGCUUAAAAAGCAGUCGGUAAACAAUUUAAAAGUGCAGCAAGUGUGUAGAAUAUGUAUAUAUGAUGUUGUGGCCUGAUUAAGUGACAGAUUCAGUGUCUUAACCACCCUUUGGGAGGCGGAGUUUGGUGAAUAUGGCAUAGCUCUGAGCUGUUUUUAUCCUAUAAGGUGUGUUUCCGGUCACAGAACCAAACAUAUCACAUGCGUCCGCAUGGAUCGAUUCAUCUUGAAACGGUUCCAGCGCAACAAAUCUGUGCCCCUGCCACGUCCCUUUUGAUGCUUUCAGUUUACAUUUAGCCUUCAUGUUUCUCUUUUAUUUUUAUUUUUUUUGUCCAACAUUUUGUUACUUGCCUUUUUCUGUGUUUACAAAGGAGAUUUUUAAUCUAUAGACAUGGAUUUAUUCUACUAGGAUGAAGAGGUGUUCAAGAGUGAAGCAAUAAUGGCAGGUGAGCAGUUUGCAUCCAGUCGUCAUGCGUUAGCUGCUCGGUUUUUAUUUUCAUGGUGGAAUGAAUAGAAAGAAGUACUGGGUGCACAGGUUGGACUUUACUGAGCAUUUCCCCUCAACCAACAGGGUCGAAAGUAUAUAUACAGGGUUUUUUAAUUCUGGCUGGGUGUUUGAGCACUCUUAGUGAUAUUGGAGAAGAUCAUUUAAGCCGGUUGGUUUCCUAGCACAAACUCUGUAUCGAAGCAGGUCAGGGCCAUGCCAGAUUCUUAAUGUCUGUCAUCUUUAUCCAGUCCAAAAUCUGUUUUGAUGUGUUUGGGAUCAUCGACCUGUUGGGAUGCCCCACAUCUAUCCAAGUUUUUCAACCAUCUGAGCCAAAUCAUGCGCAAGGAAAUUGGUUAGAAUGUUAAAGAGCGACUGACCAAGACUCAAGCCUGCUAUGCACUGGAUAAUGCUUGAACACCAGCGCCACUGUCCUCAGUGAAGGGAGGUUCACACCAGUAUCUAUUGAGAGGGUGCAAACUACGAAAAAAACACACAAAUACUUUCAGUUGAGUCAAAGAUUGAGUUAUUCAGUCAAAAACCGGAGAAAAUAUUUGGAGGAGUCGAGGAUUUUGAAACCUAAGAAAACCUCACCAACUGUCCAAUAUGGUGGUGGCGGCAUCAUGCUGAUGCAAGGGUUUCACUGCCAGUGGUACUGGUACAUAGUGGGUAGAAUAAUGAAUUCUCCAACUUCACCUCAACUGAACAGUGACAUGGUUGAAACGUGGAUACAACUGGUUUUCCAACAGGACAAUGAUCCCCAAACCCAUGAAAUCUGGAUAAAACAGGCUCUUGUUAAGCUUUCACAACGGCCCCAAUCUCAAAAUAACUAAAUGAUUAACUUUGCUUAAAAGCCUGGGCUGAACCAGGAAACCAGCCAGUUUAUAUGAGCCCCUUAUUCACACAUCCCACCAGAAUAAUGCCAGAAUGUUGUUGAUAUUGUUGAGGUGCAUCUUUGUUUAGUACCUUUCCCCAAAUAUUUAGCACCUAAUAUGUUUUCUGCGCAUGAAAGAAAACAUUCAAUAAAUUCAAACUUGUGCACUUGCUGAUUAUUUUGAAAUAUAAUUGAAGUUGUAUCAUCUGGAAAAAGAACAGUUUAAAAGUAUCAUUGAAAUGAAAGCAUUUAUGCCAAUAAUGACUAUUAUGACGGCUGUAUAUAAACCUCUGACUGGACCUGGACCGGACUCUCUUUUUGUCACCUCUGAGCUCUGUGUUGCUGUAAAUCAUGAGCCCAAAGUGAACUUAAGUGGCUACUGUUAGUGUGUGUGCGCGUUUCAGUGACACCCUGUGUCCCUCUCUGCAGUGGUCCGUAGCUCUGUACAGUGUUGCACCGUUUUAUCUGUCUUUAAGAAACAGAAGAGAUACUCGGCUCCUCGAUGCUACUUAUUUUCAGAGUGAGGAUUUAUUAUUAUUAUUUUUUGUUGUAAAUAGUUGGCUCUGUCUUUAAAAGAAUCAGAAUCUGGGUCGUCGUCAGGUACUGUGCUGGACCGGAUUCUUAAAAAUGCUGUAUGUUACAUGUGCAAUGUCCUGACCUGAAGUCACACUGUUGUUUUUGAUCUCCUUCAGAUGUUUAACUUAUUCCAGUGCUGUAAACCUCAUCAAACUGUAGGCAUACUGCGUAAAUACGUGCGUUCAGAACACAUGUCACCGCUGUCUCCUCAAUAGACAAUAGAACCGGGAUACAUUUUAAAGUAGCAUGAAUCUGAAAUUGUUGGAAUUAAAUUAAAAUGCCUUACUACUGCAUCGAGGACAGCGUAUGACUUUCAUCUAUCCAUGGAUCACGGCGCUCCUCCACAUGUUAAAUAAGUAAUUGUGCUUCACAGCUCGGUGCAGAUAGGUUUGCUUUGUCCGUUUCAUUCGGGGAACUCAUGCCCAGUGGUAUCGCUGUCCCAUUACUCUGCAGGUGGAACGGCAAGUCCAGAGCAAACACUGCUUCUGAAUAUCAACCUGGAGGAAAUCAGAUUCUUUGGAUUGAUACAUUAAAUUAUAACGUGCCAGACUGCAGGAGUAAAAUAUACAUUUAUAAAGUGGAUCUGCCUUGGCUCACUGUAGUGAAUUUCUAUUCACCUCUAACUUCAUUAUGUGAUCAUCUUUGCAUACUUUAUUGUGAUAGCUUUGUGAUCUCUGACACUUUCCAAUAAAAAGAUGUGAUUUCCUUUUCCACUCUCA